AUGGAAGUCAUGACAACAAGACAGAGAACAGAUCUUCUCUGCAACAUUCCUGCACUUAAGAAACUUGAUGCAAUGCUUCUUGAUUGUCUUGACAAAUUCAAGGAUCAGAGUGAGUUUUAUUAUGUCAAAAAAGAUUCUCCUGAUUCUUUAGAGACAAGAAACGAUGAGAAAUGGUGGUUACCAGCAGUUAAAGUCCCACCUAAUGGCCUCUCCGAGAUGUCAAGAAGGUUUCUGCAAAGCCAAAAGGAAUGUGUUAAUCAAGUCCUUAAAGCUGCAAUGGCAAUAAACGCUCAAGUUCUGUCUGAAAUGGAGAUUCCUGAAAGCUACCUGGAAUCACUUCCUAAGAAUGGGAGAGCUAGCUUGGGAGAUGUGAUAUACAAAAUGAUAACAGUAGAGAUGUUUGAUGCAGAUCAGUUCCUAAUUGAAAUGGAUUUAUCAUCUGAGCACAAGAUUCUUGAUCUAAAGAACAAAAUCGAAGCAUCGAUUGUGAUAUGGAAGAGGAAGAUGGUGCAGAAGGACACAAAGUCUCCUUGGGGCUCAGCAGUGAGUACUGAGAAAAGAGAACAGUUUGAAGAAAGAGCUGAAACAAUCUUGCUUCUUUUGAAACAAGGGUUUCCUGGAAUCUCUCAAUCCUCGCUUGAUAUCAGCAAGAUUCAAUGCAACAGAGAUGUAGGACUUGCUAUACUGGAGGGUUACUCUAGAGUGCUUGAGAGUUUGGCUCACACGGUGAUGUCGAAAAUAGAAGACGUUCUUUAUGCUGAUCAGCUUACUCAAGAACCUACAAAUGCACCUUCUAAGAACAGAUAUCUUGUGAAAGAGACAAUGAAGGAGGAAAGACUUAGCUUUUCAGAGGAUACGGCUACAGGGACAUCGCUUUCUGAUGUUAUGCAAUGGGGUAACAAGAACAAUGACGUGAAGAAAGAAAACUCUUAUGGAGAUCGAGAGAAACCAUUGUUGUCCAAAGUCACAGGUCUUAUGACAACAAACAAGAAAAGUUCUUAUCUUGAGACUAUUGGAGUAAUGAGGAGUCCAACGGCUAGAUACUCCUGA